AUGUUCGAUGGAGCCUUUCUCCCUGUUGAGAGCUCCGACACUUUUCUCUCUUCUCACACUCUCGGUGCCUGCCCCUCGAACUCCUUUACCUAUCUCCACCCCGCCCGGGCCGUCGCUUGCCUGAUCACCCCCGCCUGCGAGCUGCAACACUUUGGAGCCCGAGGAUGCAGCUUUGCGUUCGCAUCUCUCCACCGCCAACGGAAAACUAUGGAGGCCCCUAGGACACACCAGGAGGCACGACACAAUGCUGAUCGCGGGGUAAGGGAGUUGUAUCGCUACUAUCAACCAGCCGCUCAAGCCGAUGUGAUCCCAUCGUGGCUACCAACAGGCGACGAGUUCCCAUUUCUUGCGCCCUCUGGGAACACAAUCACCCCUCCGGUCUCCGAAAGCUUAGAGUCCAACAGCACUAUCACCUCUCAACCCGCCACCUCCUCCGUCGGAUCCGACUCGUUGAUUCUCGGCACUUCGAAUAGCACCCUCACUUCCUUUGCGCAACUAGCGGCUUUGCGCCUGAACGUCGAGCGAGUGUUGAUUGCUGUUCUGGACCGUGACCGUCAACACAUUGUCGCCGAAGCCACACAAACCAUCAAUCUGAACGACCCGUCAAUUCAUGACCAGAAACAAGACCUCUGGCUGGGAACGCCCGACACUCGCAAGUCAUGGAGCAUUUGCAAGGAUAUCGCUGCUUUACCCCCAAACACUCGCCAAACCGCAGAGUAUCAGUUCUUGAUUGUGAACGACAUGACCGAACACGAGCGCUACCGGAACCUUUCAUUUGUGGAGAAGGAACCAGGAUUUCGAUUUCUUGCCGGAACGCCCUUGACUUCCGGUAAAAACAUCAACAUGGGUUGCUUUUUUGUGUUGGACAAGAAACCUCGAGAUGGGUUGACUGCCUUGGAGAAGGAUACUCUGGGUUCUUUGUCAACGCUUGCGAUGGACUAUAUGAAAAUUUGCAGACAGGCGUCAGAAGGCCGCAGGGCUGCUCGGCUCUCUCGGGGGCUGAGUUACUUUGUUGAGGGAAGCUCCAGUUUUGUGGAUGUCAAUGAUCCGUCGCGCACCGAUAGCGUGGGCCCUCCGUCGGCUACCCCGCCGUCUUCUUACAAUCGAAUGAGUGCUAUGGCCAACAGCGGGGAGAAUAGUGCAGAGCAAGCCUCCCGCGGGGCGUCAAACAGUCCCCCAAACGAUCGCUCACUCAGCAAUGACGCGCGAUCCUUCACUUCUGUCCCAUCCGAUCUGAAAUUGGACAGUGAUUCCAAGCCGGACAGCGACUCGAAGCCGGACAAUGACAGUAAAUCGGGAAGCAACUCCAAGCUUGGUAGCGACUCCAAGCUUGGUAGCGGGUCCAAAAACGAAUCGGGAACUUCUGGUGUCGAAAGUUCACUACCAGAGUGGUUGACAAGCAGCAAUCGGAAUCAGUUACCGCCCGAUGAUUCUCAGGGCAACUCAUGGUGUUUCCGCAGGGCCGCCAACCUUCUUCGAGAAAGCCUCGACCUGAGCGGCGAAAGCGGCGUCAUUUUCCUGGAAGCCAACAAUGCCCCCAUGAUGGAUAUUGAUACGGGGAGCGACUGUUCGGAAACCGGUGGACCCGCGCCCGUGCUCUCUGUCUCAACGAAUGAUGAGCCGUUCGCCCCACGGGCUGGGUCAAUGGCCUCACUCCCGGCCGCCAGCUUGGACCAAUCGUUCUUACAAACACUCCUGCGACGGUACCCCAGGGGAAAACUCUGGUCAUUCCACCGCGAUGGCCUCAUCUCAACAUCUGACGACGACCAAGAACCGGGAGACGGUCACACUCUUGGAACCAGUGCCACCAGUCGGUCUCCUUCCAGCGGCGCGCGUGAGCCUGAACACUCGAAGCCCAUGCGGAAGCGAAGGAAAGCAGGGGAAAAUUCCGUACUCAAUCAGUAUUUCCCCGAUGCCACCCAAAUCAUGUUCGUGCCUCUGUGGAACGCUGUUGGUUCGCAGUGGUUUGCGGGAUGUUUCUGUUGGAGCACCAUUGAAACACAGGUUUUCAAUACCUCGGUUGAGUUGAGUUCGGUGCUCGGGUUCUCAUCCUCUAUCAUGGCCGAAUACAGCCGCGUUGAGUCCCUUAUCGCAGAUCGCCAGAAGGGUGACUUCAUUGGAAGCAUCUCACAUGAACUCCGCAGCCCACUUCAUGGCAUCUUGGCGGCAGCUGAAUUUUUGAACAGCACCCACCUCAAUGAAUUCCAGGACUCGCUACUUGAGACCGUCAACGCCUGUGGGCGGACCUUAUUGGACACAAUGAAUCAAGUUCUCGACUUCAGUAAGGUUGUUUCGUUGGAGCGAACUUGGCGCACACUGAAACGCAAGAAAGAGUCUCCGCUCGAUCUCAAAGGACCAGAAAAAUUGGCUUACCACUUGGAUACAUAUGUGGCGACUGAUGUCGCCAUCCUCGCCGAAGAAGUGGUCGAAGGAAUUUGUCUCGGCCAUGCAUAUGGCCAGAGCUCCACCGCAUCUGCAGACCUGCCUGUUUUGAUGCCUCAUCAUCCAAAGUUGCAAAACAUCCGGUCCAAUGUUGAGGUUGUGGUUGACGUGUCGUUCCGCGAUUGGGUUUAUCGAACCCAGCCUGGUGCCUUGCGGCGAAUCAUCAUGAAUCUUUUCGGCAAUGCCAUGAAGUACACCGAUUCUGGCCGGGUCACCUUGUCCCUAGCAGCGACCAGUCAAUCCGAAGGAAAACCUCGCCGACAGGGUCUCGAAGACUUAGUCACAUUGACAAUCACCGAUACGGGCAAGGGAAUUUCAGAAGAGUUCCUGCGUGGAAAGCUCUACACGCCUUUUGCCCAAGAGGACUCAUUGGCAGUAGGAACUGGGCUAGGGUUGUCUAUUGUUCGAAGCUUGGUCAAGGCUCUGAACGGGACAAUUCGCAUACGCAGUCGCCCUGGCGAAGGCACUGUUGUACACGUAUCCCUUCCCCUCGGGCGGCCCGUUGGAAAGGAAAGCCCGGCCAUAAAACCGUCUGGGCAGCUCAUGCAACAGCGUGAACUUCUGACACAAACACUCUUGCUCCGUGAGGGUUACCCUGGGAAGCGAGCAGCCAUUUGGGGCGUCGAACCCGCGGAGGUGUCUCCAAACCCCAAUUGGUCUGAAAUUGGUCGAUACCUUACGGAUUGGUAUGACAUCGAGAUCGUCUCGUGGUCUCGCGAUUCUCAUGUCGAUAUUGUCCUGAUGGAUGAGUCUGAUAUUCCUAAAUUUAUCGAGACAGAGCCUUCUGCUACCUUACCCGCUCUCCUUGUCCUCUGUCACAAAUCGGUAGAUUACAGUGGGGCUCGAUCUGAAUGGCUACCUCUUGCGUCCUCCGUGAAUAUUAUUCGACGUCCCUGUGGACCUCACAAGUUGGCUCGUAGUGUGAUGAGCUGCUUAAGGCCUGUGGAGCGCUCGAGAUCAGGAACACCGGCUUCAACCAAACACCCCAUGAGCCUACCUAUCCGCACUUCUUCAUUGCCGUCUGCGAUCAUUUCUCCCAAUGCCUCUUUCGCUGAUGUGACGAGUGCGCCUGAAUUGAGUGCUGCAGAAUUGGACGAUGCGGGAACCCGCAAUGUUUCGAUGCAGGUUUCACCCAUUCAAGGGCCCUCGGUAAUCACCGGUCUACCGGAGGAUAUCGCCCAGGCCCCCUUGCCAGGACCUUUAUCGGAGGGCUCGGUUCCAUCUACACGGCUAGCACGGGUGCUGGUUGUCGAUGAUAAUCGAAUCAACCUCAAUCUCAUGAUGACUUUCCUCAAGAAACGUCAGCUCAUCGAGCUGCAUGCUGCUGACAAUGGAAAAUUAGCAGUCGAGGCAGUCGAGCGCCUGCAGAGUGGUUAUGAUAUCAUCUUCAUGGACAUGUCCAUGCCUGUUAUGAAUGGUUUCGAAGCCACUCGUGCCAUCCGCUCCUUAGAGAAAGAUUCAGAUGGUCGCAAGCCGGCCAUCAUCAUCGCUCUGACAGGCCUGAGUAGCUCGCGUGACGAGUCUGAAGCCUUGGCUUCUGGUGUGGACCUAUUCCUCACAAAGCCAGUGUCCUUCAGAGAAGUUUCACGACUUUUGAAUGAAUGGGAAAAGGAUGGCAUGGAGGCAGAGCGCAAUAAUGCGCCCUGA